AUGAAGAUGAUAGCGAAGACUAAUACUUUGUUGAUCAUGAUGUUUGAGAUUUUGCAGCGUGCGAAGAGAGCGCCUGAACUUCCUCUUGCGGUGCGGGAGUGCAUGCACAACAUGCAAGUCGGAUCUGUUCCUGUCUCGACUGCGCAGAACCUGUGCAGCACUGACGGGUCGACCUACAUGACCCCUACGUCAGAGAACGACAGGAUGGGACUGUACGGAUACGAUUAG